UCCGAAAGCUGAAGCCGUAAAUAAGGCCCAUUGACAGCUUAGACCCCAGCCGUAUUUUCCCGAUUUUUUAAAUUGCGGGCUCAGAGCUGGAUAAUUUUGAAUGAUCAGAUUGAUCAAUGAUCGGGAAGAUUUACCGAUCUCUAACUGGGAAAAAAUAUUGAAAUUUCGAAUUAAAGUAACAGAGCUAACUAAAAUGUUCAAUUUUAUGUUGUACGAAAUUUCCAAGUUUUUCAGAUAGUUUACGGAGUUUAAAAUAUGAAAUUUCAAUGAGAGAUUGAAUAAGGCAGCUCCAAAAAGGAUGCGUCUUGUCUCUUGUUUCUCUAUGGCCCGUGAUCCCGAGUGUGUAGACGCCCUUCAAACCUGCUACAGUGAUUCUGAUGAAGAAGAUCUAAGAACUGAACAGCUCCUUCUUAGGGACGAGUGGAGAAAUCUGUUCGAUCAGUUCGAUCCCGAGGGAUUUGGAGAAAUACCCUGGACUGAUUUCUUCAUAGUGCUGGCUAGUCCUAGGUUUAAGGAACAUGUAUCAGAUGAGAAAAUAGAUCGGCUUCUGGAACUAGCUUAUCAGGUGGAUCGUCAGAUAGUUGGGUCUGGGGAUUUCCACAUUGCUUUAGAAAAGCCUAUGUUCAGUCAGAUGACAAGUUUCCUGUCCCAAGAAAUGUUAGCUGAUCCUAGGGAUAGAAAAUACUACAGUGAUAUGUACAGAUGCUGGCCGCCUCCUGUCUUCAUUCUUAUGAUAACUGGUUUAGAGUUAGGAGUUUUUAUAUACUAUUGGAUACACAGGAAUACAUAUUUUCGUUACGUGAACUUUAUUAAUAUUUUAGACAGUGUACUUGCCUAUUGUCCAGGGCGAAGUGUGGAACUCUGGAGAUAUAUUUCCUAUUUCAUGGUCCACAGUUCAUGGUGGCAUCUCAUAUUUAACCUUGGUAUCCAACUAGUUCUUGGUUUACCCCUAGAGAUGGUUCAUGGGAGUGGGAGGGUGGCAACAAUAUAUAUGUCAGGAGUGUUAGCAGGAUCAUUGGCUUCAAGUUUGCUUGAUCCCGAAGUCUGUUUGGUUGGAGCUUCAGGAGGAGUGUACGUCCUCUUAUCUGCCCAUAUGUCCAACCUGUUAUUAAACUACACCUCUAUGGAUUAUGGUAUAAUGAGGCUAAUAGCUUUGAUAUUCGUGGCCUCGGUGGAGGUCGGUGUAGCUGUAUAUGGUAGAUAUGCCGAUGAUGUUCAGGUUUCCUAUUUGGCCCAUAUUUGGGGCUGUGUAGCUGGUGCCACUGUGGGGCUUGUGGUCCUUAAAAACUUCAAGCAAAGGCUUUGGGAACGAUGGCUUUGGUGGUUGGCUUUGAGCUUGUAUACCGUGAUCUGUCUGGUUGCCAUCAUCAUAAUAUUUUACCGUGAUAUGUAAUUGUAAUGUCGUCUUCUUCAUUACAAAUCCGCCAGAGAAAAAAUGGCAAACUAACGUACCUUGUUGUUCUUAAUUUUUUUGUUUUAAAAUGUCGAGAUUUUAAUAAUUAAAUUUUUAAGAAAGUUGAUCUCGGAGUCCAAUGUUUUUAGGAGCUCCUGGGUAAAAAAACAUAAAUUGCCAAACCAAACCAUUCGGGGUUAUGUAUAUUUAACCUUAUAAAUGUAA